GCGUGUGCGCAUGCUCCGUGCGCUGGGUCGAGCUCUAGGCGGCAGAGACCAGUAGCCUCUGCUCCAGUUCCCGGUGAGCCUCGGUUACGGUGGCAGCUGUUUGUCUAUCAGCUUGGUGUCGACCUCAGGCGGAGCUAGGCCAACGGGAGGUAGCUCUGUAGAAGUAGAAGGCCAUUAUUUCUCUACCUGGACCGCAUACUAUUCUCGCUGAAAGGGCAGAGCUCAAGGUUACAUUGAUAUGAAAUAUGGAGUCACCUUUAAUAACUUCACCUGGAAAAGAGUCUUCUUUCUUUUUAAGAAAACAUAAGGAAAACAUGUGACCAAAGGAAUCAUACCAUACACCAACUCUACAUCUUUUUUUAUCGUCUUUUUUUUUAAACCAAGACAAAAGGUUUAAAUGUGUGCUUUAAAGAAUAUGAUUUAUUCGACAUUAUUUUUAGCAGUUUUUUAAAAAUCUUUUUUUCAUCUUAAACUGUACAACUCGUAAAAUUUAACACAAAGAUUUUUAAAUCUUGAAGGCCUUGUUUAAAAUAGCUUUCUUUUUUAGCUUUCAGAACUUCUGUGCUAUAUAUCCUAUUUUACUUGAUAAAGUCCUCCACACUACAAUAUCAGGAGAGAUAUGGACUUGGAAACGUACGUUAUUGUAAUAGACUGCAGCAAAUUUAAGUGGACCAUUCAAGAUAUCAUCCAUUUUAUUAUCAGAAGUAUCACAUAAGUAUAUAAUUCUUAGCUUUAAUGCAAACAAAAUUGCUUGAAAAUGGCAUGGGUAAAAUUCUUACGGAAACCUGGUGGCAAUCUUGGAAAAGCUUAUCAACCCGGGAGUAUGCUAUCCCUUGCCCCUACCAAAGGCUUGUUGAAUGAACCAGGACAAAACAGCUGCUUUCUUAAUAGUGCUGUACAGGUUUUAUGGCAAUUAGAUAUAUUCCGAAGAAGCUUGCGUGUUCUUACGGGGCAUGUUUGUCAGGGAGAUGCCUGCAUAUUUUGUGCACUGAAGACAAUAUUUGCACAGUUUCAACACAGUCGAGAAAAAGCACUUCCCUCAGAUAACAUACGGCAUGCUCUUGCAGAAAGCUUCAAAGAUGAACAGCGAUUUCAGCUUGGUCUUAUGGAUGAUGCUGCAGAGUGCUUUGAAAAUAUAUUGGAGAGGAUUCAUUUCCACAUAGUGCCAAGCAGAGAUGCAGAUAUGUGUACUUCUAAAUCUUGUAUCACUCACCAGAAGUUUGCUAUGACUCUGUAUGAACAGUGUGUGUGUCGUAGCUGUGGAGCAUCAUCAGAUCCGCUACCCUUUACAGAAUUUGUGCGGUACAUUUCUACAACAGCCCUAUGCAAUGAAGUUGAAAGAAUGAUAGAAAGGCAUGAACGCUUUAAGCCUGAAAUGUUUGCAGAAUUGCUACAAGCAGCGAAUACAACUGAUGACUAUAGGAAGUGUCCUAGUAAUUGUGGCCAAAAAAUAAAAAUUCGACGUGUUUUAAUGAAUUGCCCAGAGAUUGUUACAAUUGGUUUAGUCUGGGAUUCUGAGCAUUCUGACUUGACCGAAGAUGUUGUUCGGAAUCUAGCAACACAUCUUUAUCUUCCUGGGCUUUUUUACAGGGUUACAGAUGAAAAUGCCAAAAAUAGUGAACUUCACCUAGUUGGCAUGAUUUGCUACACUAGCCGACAUUAUUGUGCCUUUGCUUUUCAUACCAAGACUUCCAAAUGGGUAUUUUUUGAUGAUGCAAAUGUGAAAGAGGUUGGAACUAGAUGGAAAGAUGUAGUCUCCAAGUGUAUCCGAUGCCACUUCCAACCACUGCUUUUGUUUUACGCAAACCCAGAUGGCACAGCGGUUUCCACUGAAGAUGCGCUCAGGCAGGUUAUCAUCUGGUCACAUCAUAAAUCUGUUGCAGAAAAUAUAGGAUGUGAAAAUUCCUCAAUUUCUAAGUCAGAAAAUUCAAAAGAAAACGGAUUUGGUGAUCAGACAAAACAGAGGGAAAAUCAGAGAUUUCAAGUAGAUAGUAUUUCAUCGUUUACUCGGAGCCACAUACAAACAAGUGGUGGUAGAGGACCAGUUAAGUCAAGCCACAAUGAUCAAAGGGAAAAAAUAAAAGAUAUUUCCAGAGAAUGUGCUCUAAAAGCCAUUGAACAGAAAAACUUACUUUCCUCACAAAGGAAAGAUUUGGAAAGGGGACAAAGAAGAGAUUUGGGCAGACAAAGAGAUUUGGUUGAUGAAGACCUUCCACAUUUCAAGUCUGGAUCACCUCCUGCCUCCAAUGACUUUAGACAGUACGGGAAUUCACAUCUAUAUCAUAGUCAAGGGAAAGGACCAUAUAAACAUGACCGAGUUGCCCACCAGAGUCGAGCUUCUGCACAAACAUUAAGUUCAAGUAAAUGCCAGAUUCUUGCUUCAGGAGAAAAAGUUACUGGCAAAGUUAAGAGUGACAGUGGUACUGGAUAUGAUACAGAUAGUAGCCAAGAUUCUCGGGAUAAAGGAAGCAGCUAUAAUGGCAGCAGUAAAAGCCGAAACCGAGGUUGGAAACCUAUGAGAGAAACAUUAAAUGUUGAUAGUAUCUUUAAUGAAAGUGAAAGAAGGCAGCAUAGUCCAAGACAUAAAUCAAAUAUUAGUAACAAAUCUAAAUGUAGCAAAGAUCAGAGUUUUAAUAAUUGGCCAAAAGAGAAUCCAAAACAAAAAUGUUUAAUGACUAUAUAUGAAGAUGAAACGAAGCAGGAAACAGGAAGCAGGAGUUCCCUUGAAUUUAAUGGAAAGGGAACAGAGAAAAAUAAAGGCCUCAAAGAAACUAAAGUUCAUGGUGACAGUUGGCAGAUGCAAAGAACCGAGUCUGGAUAUGAAAGUAGUGAUCAUAUCAGUAAUGGAUCUGCUAAUUUGGACUCGCCUAUUAUUGAUGGAAAUGGUACAGUAACGGAUAUCAGUGGUAGUAAAGAAGCCGCAUCCUUCAGCGACAAGAUUAAGACAGGCAACCUAAACAUAGAGCAUGUGAACUCUACCUCCCAACAGAGUAAAAACCACCUGGAAGGUUUUAGAAGAGAACUCAAGAACUUGGAAGUUGACUGUAAAUCUCACGAGUCCCACUCAGAAUCACAUCUACAAAUAAAAAAUCCUUUGAUAAAAAGGUCACAUGUACGUGAAACCAAUGGAAAGUUAUUCUCAUCGUCCAGUCCACAGAUACCCAAGGACCAUACAGCAAGAGAGCAUGCCUACCUGUCAAAUGAACAGAAACUUGAAAAAUCAAGUGAAUGCAAAUUUUCUGAGUGGCCUAAUGUAGAAAAUCCUGAGAGAACAGGUUUGCUUUUUCACGUUGAUGAUAAUUCUGCUUCUGGAAAGAGAGUGAACAGUAAUGAAACAGUGUCACCAUCUUCAUUGCAGUCUUCUCUUAUGAGAACUGUGGGGUUAAAGCCUGAAACUGCUCCCGUACUCCAGCAGCAGAAUAUGACAGAACAAUGUUACUCUGAGAACUCUCUAUCCAGGGAAAAAUUAAUUCAGUCAACCCGCAGAUCUGACGGUUGUCAGAUGCCAAAACCUUUUUGCCAGAAUCCACCACCUCCUCUACCACCAAAGAAGUAUGUCAAGACCAGUGUGCCACAGUCAGAGAAAAACGAUUCUACACCUGAUGUGAAACUAACAGAGAUGUUUAAAACUAAUUGUUCUAAUCUUCCAAAGCAUAGUUUAAGUACAGCUUCAGGACCAGGUUUAGAAGUGAAUGCAUAUAUGAAUGAUGAAAGACCAAAGGAAACAUUUCAAGCAAAGGAGGAUUUUAGCCACAUACCAUCCAGCUCUUCAACUAAUGAUUUUCAGGCAGACUCAAGUACAGUUGCAGGUGCUUUAUGCCAACCAGAAAUAGACUCCGGUUCUACUUGUCCAAAUGAGACAGUUUCAUUAACUACCUAUUUUUCGGUUGAUAACUGCAUGACUGAUACAUAUAGAUUGAAAUACCAUCAGAGGCCCAAGCUCUGUUUUCCAGAGAGCAGUGGCUUUUGUAAUAAUCCCAUAUCUCAGAGUGAAAGAGGGCUAGGACCUGUGUCACAUACUAAUCUUGGUUCAAACUGCCCUUCCAAGCAAAGAUAUAAACCUGGUAUACAUUGUAGUAGAUAAAUGAUGAAACUGUCAGGCUUUUACUUGUCAGAGGCCAUUAACUAGGAAUUGACUGACCAAACCUAAUGAUAUAUGAAAUUCAAACCAUGUCAUUUUAAGUCAUUAGUCACUUUAUCUUUCUGUACAGAUUCUUUCUUUCAUGAAGACCAGCUUAUUGGAUAUUUUGGUUAUUCCCUCUUUAUUGUUUUGGCAUGCCUCAAAAAAAUAGAAAUUCAAGGAGUUCCUGUUUUGGCUUAGUGGAUUAAGACCCUGACGUUGUGUCUGCAAAAAAGUGGUUUCGAUCCGUGGCCUUGCUCAGGGUUAAGGAACAAUGGGUUAAGGAUCCAGAGUUGCUGCAAGCCGCAGUGUAGGUCGCAGAUGCAGCUCAGUGUUGCUGUGGCUGUGGUGCAGGCCGGCAGCUGCAGUUACAAUUCAAGCCCCAGCCUGGGAACUUCUGUAUGCCACAGGUGCAACCAUAAAAAGGAAGAAAAAAAAAAAGAAGAAAAUCAGGAGAUAUGCGGAGUCAUUCAUCAUACGCUGAAGUUGAGUAAAAAUGUAAUUUGUUCCUUUCUUUUUGACUGCUAGACCCAUAAGUAUUAAACUAACCAGUACUCAUAUGUAGAUUGGUAAUCUGUGCUAACUGAAAAAUAGCAGGAGAUGGGUAGUUUGUGUAGUCAAAGCAGUAUAUGCUUUGUGAGGAAGCACUUUCCAGUGGGUAGCCAAAAGAGGACUUCACCCAUUUGCUUUUGACUUCUGUGAUAGUCUACUACAUACGGUCCCUUUAAGUGUCUUUAAAAAAAAAAAAAAAAAAAUCAACCCAUGAAAUUGACAACAUUUGGAAAAAAAGCCUUAAAGCAGUUUUUUAUUUAGAUUCACAAGGUCAGAACAGAAGAGAUAUAAUUUUGCUCCUAGAAUUUUUAUCUUCUGAAUGCCUAGUUAACAUAAAUUAGGCCUUUGUAAACAUUAUUUCAGCCACCUAAGCUAAAAAUGAUUAAAAUACUUCACUUUAGUAUAUUUAUUUAUCUUGCUACAUUUCUAAUUUUAUAUGAAAUGUGAAAGAUUUUAUUUUGGUUUGGUUUACUUUGGGCUGCUAAUAACCAGUGUUAGGAAUUAACAUUAAGGCCGUCUUACACUGUGACUGCCUAAAUUUUUCCUGCUAUAAUCUUCCCUGUUUAUAGGUUAUUAACCCAUUUGAGUGAUUUUCAUAUCUUUGAAAAUCUAGGUUUCCAGAUUAAAUUCCUGCCUUUUAUAUAGGUGUAAUUUUAAUGUCAUAUAUUAAUUUGGCACCCCUUCCUUUUUUCUACUCUAAACAGAUAGUAAGUUUACCUCACCUACUUCCAUGGAGAAGGCCUUCUUUUAAAAACAAAGGAAUUUCCCAAUAUUAUGAAGACUUUACAAGUGAAAAUAAGUACUUUGAUUGCCUUAAUUCCAUAAAAUAAUUAGCAAAUUUAAUAUUUUGACCAAUUCCAUAAAUUAAAAUAUUCUAAAAUGUAAAUGAUUAAAAAAUGAAUAAUUUUAGAUGAGAAAAUAAUUUCUUGUAAAAGUCUAAGCUCACCCAGUUAUCAAAUCUUGGCCAUUUGGUCUUCCAUCUAGAUUAGUUUUUAAUAGCCUUUUCUAACUAUAAUAGUGAUUAUUACUUUAUAUUCUUAUUUUAGAAAUACUUGAAUAUCAACUAAAUAAAAUUUUAGCUUUUAAGAAAGCUUAUUUUUAACAUAGCUUUUAGUAUGGAGGGUUUGUAGAUAUUGUAAAGUUUGUAAAAUUGUAUUUGAAAUGUCAGUGUAUUUACUGCCUUUGUAACAUUGUAAAAUACUAGAAAAAUGGAUUUCAAUUAUUUUUAAUAACUUUCAAAAACUGUGUCAUUUGUUUUGGUUUAUGUCCAGUUGAAAAUGUAUCAUUUGAAACACUUAAACUAAUUUUUUGAUAUUUAACAAUCUUAUAGAUUUGUAUGAGAGUCAACUCACUGAGUUGUAACAUCACAUAGAAAUGUCCAGUUUUGGCUUUUGUUAAAGUACUGACCAGUUGAAACCUCUUGAAUCAUGUAAUAGUACUAACAAACUAGAAACUGACCAUCUGUUUUUAUGUUGAUUCAACACUCCAAAUACAGAUUGAAUGUCUAACUCCUAAUCAUUCACAUGUAAAUUUUUUAUUUCUAGGGUGCCUAUUUAUUUUUGUAAAUGUUCUGGUUAUACAUUUAUUAUGAUAACUUUUUAAGUAGUAUAAGCAACAAUUGUUGUAAUGUUCAAAAUACUUAUCUCCAGAGUAUUUCCAUUUGAAGUCAUUUUCUUCUGGUUCAAAAUUUUGUGGGGAUAAACUGAUUUUUAAUUUAA